CUUUUUUUUUUAACAGUCAGCAAAAAGACCUCAAUCAGACAAGACAUGGUGUGAACGAAAAUCUAUUUUCUUUCAUAUAUUUACGCAGUCAGAACAGACUAGAAUUUUAGUGACCUUAUUUAUUCAAAGAAAGAAAAUAAAAUGUAAAACUCGUAUUUUAAAUAAUGUAGAAUAUUGCCUUAUGGAGAAGUUUUUUGGAUCCACUCAUCGAUCGCGUCAUCAAAUAAUAUUAUCCAUUACUUUAGCUACAUCUAAUCAUGUUUGAAGAAAAUAUUAAUUGAACGCCCUUGUGUAGAAAUAGAUGAAGUGACUUCGAAUUUGUUAAAUUUCUGCUGUUCGUUUCCAAAAUGUACGAAGACAAUACAGAGACGGUUUAUGGGACCCAUGAAGACUCCCACGUUGUGAUGUCAGAAAAGGUCCAGUCCCUGGCUGGAAGCAUAUACCAGGAGUUCGAACGCAUGAUAGCUCGGUAUGACGAAGAUGUCGUGAAGACGCUUAUGCCACUCUUGGUGAACGUACUUGAGUGCUUGGAUUCUGCUUAUCAGACCAACCAGGAACAUGAAGUCGAGCUGGAGUUGCUGCGCGAAGAUAAUGAACAACUGGUCACGCAAUACGAGCGCGAGAAGGCAGCGAGGAAGCAUGCGGAGCAGAAGUUGCUGGAAGCGGAAGAUCACUUCGAAGGAGAGAGGAAGGAUCUAUCCGGCCGAAUGGAAGCUCUAGACAGUAUUGUCAGAAUGUUGGAGCUGAAACAUAAGAACUCGUUGGACCACGCCAGCAGACUUGAAGAACGAGAAAAUGAACUAAAGAAGGAAUAUUCGAAACUCCACGAGCGAUACAAUGAGCUGUUCAAGACCCAUGUGGACUACAUGGAACGCACCAAGUUGCUGAUGAGCACAGCCAGCGACAGAGGAGAGGUCCGCGGAAGACUUGGCCUCAAUCCUAUGCGUUCUAGUGGUCCGAUAUCGUUCGGGUUUGCAUCGCUGGAGAGUUCGAUGCACAAUGUGGAACAAACUGAGAGUAUGCCUGGUAGUCCUGUCAGCUUAUCUUCCUCGCCUCCCUCUCCACCAACCGGCUCCGACUUAGCAGCAGUGAGGACUGUUGAAUGCGCCCACCAGACAGAUCCAAUCACGCAGCAAAGCCAGGCUACAUCACCAGUGGCACCGCCUAACGCUCCUAACACUGGUAAAUCUCAAACAAAGAGCGAGAAACGAAGCGGCAACACGUUGUACCAAGAGCUCGCGUUCCAGGAUGUAGAUCCGGGCAUUGCUGAAGGUGAAGACGCUGACAUCACAGGUAGUUGGGUUCAUCCUGGUGAAUACGCAUCUUCUGUUAACGACAAUUACUUUGGAAUGGGGAAAGAAGUAGAGAAUCUGAUCCUCGAGAAUAACGAGCUGUUAGCCACGAAGAAUGCGUUGAACGUCGUGAAAGAUGACCUCAUAGUGAAAGUAGACGAAAUGAUGGGAGAGCUGGAAAUCUUGAGAGAGGAGGUUGCUAACCUCAGCUCCGCCAGGGAGAAGUUACGUAACAGAGUCACCGAGUUAGAAGAGGAAGUGAGACAUUUGAAGGAGACGGUGAGCUCAAACGCGGGCGGUGGUGACAACAACGAGGACGAAGCCGAUGUACCAAUGGCGCAGCGCAGGCGCUUCACCCGUGUUGAAAUGGCACGGGUUCUAAUGGAACGUAAUCAAUACAAGGAACGUUUCAUGGAACUGCAAGAUGCCGUUCGCUGGACUGAGAUGGUGCGAGCCAGUCGCGUUGACUCUACAGUGGAUAAGAAAAAUAAGCAAACUAUUUGGAAGUUUUUUAGUAACCUUUUCAGUACCAGCGAACGUCCACAACGUCCAUUAUCAACGCCUCAUCUUCGUGCGGUAGCGGCACCGCAACCCGCGCUGCGUCAUUCGAGGACACAAGCAGACUUCUUUGAAACCCAGCUAACGGACCAUCACCAUUCCAGACGCCAUGAAAGAAGCGAGCAGUUCCGUCAGGUGCGGGCUCACGUUCGCAAAGAAGACGGGCGCACCCAGGCUUACGGUUGGAGCUUGCCGAGCAAGAGCGGUCAAGGGCCUAAAGGCCCCAGCUCUUGCACCUCACUGUCAUCUGGUGGGGUCCCCGUACCCGUGCCAGUGUUUUGCAGACCAAUAGCAGAAAACGAGCCGCGUAUGACGCUGUUAUGCGCCGCUGCCGUCAAUCUGAACGGAGGCCGAACUCCCGACGGUGGAUGUAUGGUUGGAGAGAGCGUCUUCUAUGCGAACCCAGAGGAUAAAACUGAGAACACCAUGUCGCUUGCGUACGAGAUGAACAAGGCUCAGUCGGUGCAUUCGCCAGAGGUGGAGGAAAUAAACCAACAGUUGCAGUCCACACAGAGCGUUGAGUAUACAGAGAAAAACCUAUCUUCUCUCGUUUGGAUAUGUUCCAGCAACCAAAAUAAAGGGAUUGUUAUGAUUAUCGAUGCGAACAAUCCGGCUGAGGUUAUAGAAUCGUUCCCGGUGACUGACAAACACAUUCUGUGUGUUGCGUCUGUGCCCGGCGCAGUCGCUGAGGACUACCGUGAUUACCAAGAAAGAGCCGCGGGAGCCGUUGAUAAACGUCAUACUUAUGGAUUCGGUGCCGGCAGGGUGGAUUCUGUAGACGUACACAAUAAGCCUAAUGUCACCGACGAGAACGGCGACUCAGACACAUUUGUCGUUGGAACUACUCGCUUAGUAAAAGCAACGAUCUUGACACCGCCGAGCACGCCAGUAAAUGAGCCCGAAACUGCACCAGAACCUCAGAAUCAAGAGGCACCUAAAAACAACGAGGAGCCUGACUCUGUACACCCCGACAGCCCGCCACUCAGCUCCACGCCUAUCAAUGGAGGUCUUUUGAACUCUCCCGAGCCAGGGGUUGAAGCAUUUGCUCAGCAACAAUCAAAGACGGAGACACAACCGGAGCAGGAGCGCAAGAUGUCGACUGUCAUGGCGACCAUGUGGCUAGGCACCAAGAGUGGCAACCUCUAUGUACAUUCUGCUGUUGGAAACUACAAGAAGUGCUUAGCCAGAGUAAAGCUAAAUGAUGCCAUAUUAUCCAUAGUAGCUUGCGCCUCCCGAAGCAUUGUAGCGCUCGCCGACGGCACCGUAGCAAUAUUCUCGAGACACGCGGACGGACAGUGGGACUUUGGACAGUAUUGGUUGCUCACCCUGGGUGACCCUAAAUGUUCUGUUCGCUGUCUAAGCGCCGUGGGCUGCACUGUGUGGUGCGGGUACCGUAACAAGGUGCACGUCAUAGAACCUCGCUCUCGUCUGUUGCUGCAUUCGCUGGAAGCUCAUCCGCGGCAGGAGAGUCAAGUAAGACAGAUGGCCUGCGAUGGUGAUGGAGUCUGGGUUUCAAUCAAAAUGGAUUCCACCCUGCGUUUGUAUCAUGCACAUACAUACCAACAUUUGAAGGAUGUUGAUAUUGAGCCGUACGUGAGCAAAAUGCUGGGUACUGGGAAACUUGGCUUCUCCCUAGUCAGGAUCACAGCUUUGUUGAUUAGUUCAGGGCGGCUCUGGAUUGGUACAAGUAACGGCGUGGUAAUAUCGGUGCCGCUCUCAGAAGGAUCUAGUCGUGAUUCCAUCGGACCACAACCGUCUACUUCACGGUCGCCUGCCCAAACUGCCAUAGCCGCCUGUCCGACUGGCAAUAUUCCAUGGUGUUCGAUGGCCCAUGCCCAACUAAGCUUCCAUGGACAUCGUGACGCCGUUACUUUCUUCGUAGCAGUGCCCGGAGUGGCUGGAUCCCCCGCACGCACUCCUGAAUCUCCUCGAAGGCAUUCGCCGACCAUACCACCCAUGUUGGUCAUAUCGGGUGGCGAAGGAUAUAUUGAUUUUAGAAUAGCCGACUCGGAAAUGGAAGACAGUGUAGUAGUCGCGGAGGACGGAUCAUCGAGUGGUCACAGUUCUUUGGCCGACCGGGCUUCCAAGAGCCAUUUGAUAGUGUGGCAAGUUGCGACCGCCUAACGCAGGGCCAGCCGUGUGCGACUUGACUCCGAUUCGGACUAUGUGUAUGUGUGUACGUCCACCAAACCAGCGACGCUCAUCAACGCGUAAGUUACAUCAUAAUUUUAUGAUGUAAAUAGGACGACGGUUAUGGAGAUGCAUGGAGUAGACAUGUUGUUAUUUUGUAAAGUUGAACAAUGUUCUGUGCAUGAACUGUAGCAGUGGUGUUCAGUCAGUGUCAGGUAUAUUGGGAUAUUCAGGUUACAGAAGCAACUAAAACACCAAAAUAUCGGUACACAGUACAUACAAAGUUACCAUUUAUAUAGCUUCGCCCAAAGCGUCGUAAAUAUCUGUGCACACACACUGUGCAAACACAAUUUUGGCGUUUUAAUUGCGUCUAUACCUUUGAGUAUCCUGAAUGUUCCUGUGUGUUAGAUGCUGACUGUAGUAGUUAUUUAGUUGAUGUCUAUUUUGAUACUACUAUAUGUUUAGUUACCUUUGUUAUUAUUUAAGUGAAUGUAUUGUUUUAUUUGUAAUUAUUACAUCAAGUUAUUAUGUAUACUAUGAUAAGUCACAAAACCAUACUAAAGAGUAAGUUUAACGGUUCAACAUGGAGCCUAGUAUAGGUAAUGACUAAUAUGUAAUAGCUUAAUGUGAAAGUUUUAUUUGUUACGUCUAUGUUCACCAAUGUGUUGUAUCCAGUAUUUAGUUCACAUUUAUGCUCACAUCUCCAAACCGUCGAACAAAAGGAUCAGCGAAGUGUCGGUCGAUCAGUAUUUUCAGUAAUGUUUUAUAUCUUAGGAGUUCGGUUGCAAUCGCAAUUAGGAAUUGAUUUAUGUGUUGGUCCUUCGUAUCCAUUUUUAUCCUAUUUGACAUUACUUAUUAAUAUAGGAUAUGCGUGUAUCUGGAAUUGAUAACAUCAGGAUUACGCAAACAUUCGUUAUAUCUCGUCUUAGAAUAGUUUAUCAGUAUAAACUCUAUCAUGAUGUAAUGUAAGUCUCUUAAAGUCAUCUAAGAAAUUAGUUCCCGUAAAUGUAAGUUCAUACAUAUCCUAAAUUAAUGAGAAAUGUGUAACUAAAUGUGUUGAUCAUGUCUCACUACACACGUCAUCGCUCGUCUGCAAUCGAUGUCUCACACGGCAUUAUACACUACUACAUUGUAUCAUUCAUAUAGUACUAUGUGUGCUUAAUAUUUAGCUAUAUUUCUUGGCGCUAUAGUCCUUAAUAUUGCUCACGUCAAGAGUCGUUUGGCCGAGGGAGAUAUAUUUUCUUUACAUCAUGUCUACCUCGGUACAAGCUUAAUCUCAUUAAAAUUAUGUACAAGAUGUAACCACCAAAUAAUACGUUUUAGUAGUGUUAGUUAGAUUAAAUGAAUAUAUUGAACAUUUUUAUAAUAUAGGUACGCAAUAGUGAUUAACUUCUCAAGGAAUGUGACCAUUUGAGCUGUGGUUGUCAUCGGCAUCACAAGUUUAGAACUUUAAUUUAUUAUUAGAAUUUUAUUUUAUUAUGUAAAGAAAUGAAAUUAUUUUUUUAGACGUGUUGCGGUGUACUUGCGUUUAUUGACUAUCAGUUUAAUCUGAAACGUUUUAAAAAUAUAUGUACACGGGAUGAUGAAUUUGUAAUCAACUUUCUCCGAAUAAAAUUUUGUAUCAAUAUGAUAUAGGAAUGACUUGGAAAGGAGAUAUGUUGUACCAAGUAACUAUAGUCGUCACAAAAUAAGAGGUUAACUCUGACAUUUGUCAGGCUAUGCCAGUAUAUAGAGUACAUUGCAGACUAUAACAUACCAUGAACGGACACUUAAAAAAUCGAAUUCAUAAUAUUUAUUCGUUACUACGUUAUUCAUAUAUUUUAAUAAAGAAUAUAAAUUAUAACUAUUAUAGGACAAUGCGAAGUAUGACCAGUUGUUCUUGGUUAACCGUUUCCAGAUCGAGCGUAGGUAUUUCAUAUUUACAAAAAUGGGAUAUUUUAAUAGAUUUGGUAUAUGAACUUUGUACUACAAUAUAUUAAAAAAUGAAAU